UCAUGCAUCCAGAUGAGAUGAGGGUCGCUCUGUAUUUGCAUCGAGUCGCACCUCCACAGACACUCUGAACAUGUCGGCACAUUUUCCGACCGGAGGUGGAAAGGCCCCUCAGCUGCUCACUUCAUCUGUCUAUCUACCCCUUCUCACUCUCGGCGAGUACACAGACACGCCCCCUGCGCCCCCGCUGCGGAUGGAGGAGACACCAGCCGCUCCACCAGCCGACUGCUGCCCUGUCCCACCCCCUCCCUUGCUACCAGGGGGCGUCCCGAACGCGAGCCGAGAUAUGAUCGGGCUGCCGCGAUCGUGACCACUUGAUAUAUACUGUGACCUUGCCUCGCCAUUGGACGAUGCGCCUCCCCUCUCUCGCUCGUGUCUCUCCUGCCGUGGCGGCUUCUCGGUCGGUGCCUGCAUGCGGAAGACCAUCGAGGGGGCGCCGGUGGUGUUUGGCUGGGACGGCAUGUUGCGCCUCAAGGUGGGGGGGAGGCUGGCGGGGUGUUGGUUGUUGCCGCUGCGGCGGACAUCAGUACUGGUGAAGGUGGGGUUGGCGUUCGAUGCACUCGAGGGGAGGAAAAAGGAGGCAUCGAUCCGCGGACUCGCACCUGAGACCACUCAUCCAUUCAAAUGGAUUCUUGGCAGUCCUUCUCCGCUCACCUAGGAGUUGUUUGGUGGAAGGGGGUCCUAUGGCGCUGCCUGCAGCGGUGCCCAAGACGUUGGCGCCCGACAUGGGGUCGAACGACAGGGAAGUGACUUUGACGGGCACCUUCAGGCCGCCCGCACCAGCAGCCCCUCCAGUCACACCGGUCAAGACAUCCAGCGCAUUGUUGUUCCUGCCAAACGCCUGCAAACAUGACACCAGCAACAUCCACCUGCCGUCAGUCAGUCGAGGGUCUUGUGGACGGAUGCGCCUACCUGUGCUUGCAAGGGCAGCGGGGCCCCCACCUGCAUGCCGCCGAUCGUGACCGCCUGGCACUGCAUGGGGGCCGCACCGUGCUCGGCAAACACAUAGAAGGGCUGCUGGCCCUUGAGGUACUCCGAACCACCUGGCCCCACUGGCCCCGCGAGUGUCAUCAUCUCGGCCUUCUCACGCUCCUCGUCUGUGACCUCCUUGCCGUCGAUUAGACGAAGGCUCGGCAACAGCCGCACCAAACCCGGCCGAUAGAGGGGCUUGCGGGAGACUGGGGUCUGCGCGAGCCUGCGUGGAGCGCAUGUGGACGAGCAUGAAGCUUGGGAGGCUUCUUGGGUGCUUUCCUGUUCUGCUCACGAGAUCUGCACAAGGCCCUUGAGGUCGGCGAUUUUCUCAACCUCCUGCAGAUCCGAUAUGCGAUUGAGAGAGCAGAAGAGCGCACGCAGCCGGGGCAACGGACCGAAAUUGGACAGCGAUCUGCACACGGAGCAAAGCGUUAAUUGCUCGCUUCGCGGGGAGACAUGCUCACUUGAGUCCAUUGUCCUCGAUGUGCAGUUCCCGUAGAUUCCUCAGCGGCUGUACGGGACACAUGAAAGGAUAUGUUACCGGCCAGAAGCCAUCCAUUAAUGUAGCUACCCACCUGGAAUGCUCCCGCCUCCACUUGUCUGAUCUUGUUCUGAUCGAGGUAGAGCUCCCGCAGGUACUGGAGGCGACUCAAGCCCUCAAUCCUGCACGCAGCCAUCAUUGAGAUUGAGACAGACGGCAACCUGCUUCCUGAGCAGCACGAGAGGCGUGACGACCAUACUUGGUGAUUUCGUUAGCUUUGAGGUUGAGGUUCCUGAGUGACUUGAGUGGCAGCUUGUCGAGUGGGCGGAGGUCAGUGAUGGCGUUGGAGGCCAUUUCCAGGAUCUGCAGUGACGGCAGCCCCUGCAGACCCUGGUGCUCCUCAGCUCCCAGAAGCCCUGUCUCAAGGUCCAUGCGAUUGUUGUUCAGACGCAACACCUGACAGCAAAACCGCGCCCAUACAUCAAUGAAGGAAUGGCCACCAUAUGGACAUCUGUCUCUCCUUACCACAAGCUUGGACAGCGGCCCCAGGGUGGCGACGGACGUGAGCUGGUUGUUGUCGAAUGUGAGCUCCCGGAGUGAGGGAAAGACCUCGUCAGUGAUGACGUUGGCGGGGAUCUCACGCAGCCGACAGCCCGACAAGUCCAGCACCCUGAAGUUGUAGCACGGGCAGGUCCCCAGCUUCUCCUCAAGCAUCUCCAUCGACAGCUUGCCGGCGAACCGCUCUCGAGCAUCGUUCUGCGCAUGUACCACGUGCCUUGUGCACUUUUCAUUGUCUUCCUGCCUUUGAGGCUCGGUACCUGUUCGUUUGUGGUGACGGCUGCACCAUCGAGGACCUUGAGUUUUUUAAAGUAGAAGAUGGUGUAGAGGCGGUAGUCCUCCACGGACACCACCGGAUUACCCGCCAGGUCCAAGAUGAUGAGCUUGGAAAGGUUCUUGAUGACGCUCAGCGACCGCAGGUCCUCGACAAGGUUAUUGGACAGGUACAGCUCGAUGACGCUCUCGAUGGCUGUGAAGCCGUCUAGGGAGUCUAUCAGAUUGUCCUCCAGGCUGCAUCCACGCGAAGGAUCGAAUGCAUGGAGCUGUACCAUUUUCCCGUAUGUAGCUAGCUACCUGAGCUGGUUGAGUUUGGUCAGGUUUCCCAGCGCGAUGGGCGGGUCUGUGAGUCUGUUGGAUCCAGCAUCGAGGCGCCUGAGGCACGCCAAGCUGGUGAUGGGCUCGAGAUCCUCCAGCCGAUUCUGCUCCACAAGCAGCUCCUCGAUCGACGAGCAAGACUCAAUGCCCUGCAAAGCCAAAGGGCGUGUGAGCGGUGAGACAUGGUCAUCCAGGAGACGCAGAAUCGGCUGCACUAAUGGUCCUCACUCACCUUGACUGACGUGAGACGGUUUCCGUUGAGGUUGAGCCUUCUCAGCCGACGAAACCGUGACAAGUCAGGCAGCUCCGUGAUCUCAGCGCCCGCCAAGUCCAUCGACUCGACAAAGAGCGUCCAUCUGGAAGGGGUCACCUCCCUUGCCAGCUGCUGCACCCCCUCCACAAACUCAGCCUUGACCCCCUCCUCCCCCGCACCAUCCCGUCUCCCUUCCUCCUUCCACCCCAGCACCACUCGUGCAGUCACGCACCCCUCCACCUCCCAGCACAGCCCUCCUGCCGGCGAUAUGUGGCGAGCUCGCACACCCGGCCCAAAGCCCCGGUGAGACGCGGCGAGAGGCGACUCGCCUUCUCGUGAGGAGCGGGAUGACUCUGGGUGGGGGCUGUCGGGCGAGUCUGAGGGAGCGGAUGCAGGGAUGGCUCUUACAAGGGGAAGGGGGAUGUAGCUGCGGCGCUGCAGCUCGGCGUCGUCCGGGGAUGUGCGAGAGAGGUAACUCUGGGAUGUUUGUCGCUCUGUGAGGCUGACGUCCUCUUCGUCGAGCCUCUUGAGCGACGGGAGAGCACCGACGAUGCUCUUCCUAAACGGCAAAUUGGCAAUGUCCACCAUGUCAUGUUCUCCUCUUGCCUGGGAUGUCUUCACCUGUAUGUCUCCUUCCAGUAGCAAAUGGGGUUACCCAAACACGUAGCUUCCUCUACAGAGGGAAGACUCACACCUGCAGGCAGUGCAGGAAGCAGGGCAAGGGGAAUGUCGACAGGCAGUGUCGUAAUCUCUCUCCCUCACCAAGCUCAGCAAACUCCUCGAUAAAGCGCAAGUCAUUGUACGCAACAUUCAAGUAGCGAAGCACAGGCAGCCCCCUCAGCGCCCUGAUGGACUGCAGCGAAUUGAACGACAAGUCCAGCGUCGUCAGCUGCGGCAGAACCACACUGUCCCCGGCUUCGCCUCCCUUCUGCGGCAGGAACACACUCACGGACUCCAAACAAUUGAAGCUCAGAUUGAGCACCUUCAGACGGGUCAGCAACGGCAGCAACACGGCGUCGAUUCUCCGUAUGCGGCGGCCGAAGAGCACCAGCGAGUCGCACUGCUGGAGUCUUGAGGAUACUUGCGAGGUCGACGCAGACAUGGAUGUGAACUUGCGGGGCUUGAUGGGGUCGAACACAGAUGGCACCGUGUUCGCAGCAGCAAGUAGAGACAUGCGCUCCAGGGGGGAGGGCUCCAAGUCUCUAAGGAAAGUCUGCAGGUCGGCGGAGAAGAGAGGAGGGGGAGGGGGUGCUCUCGCGAGCGCAUUCUUCUUUGCCGCGUCCUUCUUAGACCGCGGUGGCGGGUACGGCAAUGCCAUAUUACAGCACUCACGAAAAUGCCUGGAGACAUGAUCACGUGAUAGACAUCUUCGCACCCUCUUCAUUCCUCCUCGGCUUACUUACCUUAUGCAGCUCCCAAACAGUCCCACGGCGUCGUCCGAUAUGUUGGGUUCGGGCUGAGCCCUCCAAACGCCCACAGCAACCACAUUGCCGUCUUUCCCGGCCUCGGCUCCAGACGAAUCGCUCCCCGGCAGUGGCAGCGACUCGACAGCUGAUGUCAGCUCAAGCCUGAUGGGAUCGCUGUCCGCCGUGUCAUCGUCAUGUCUCUCGCGUUUCGGCGAGUAGUCUGACACCGACACGGUGCUGGCCAUCUCGCUCUCCUGUCCGUCGGUGGCGGUGGUGCUCUCGGCUGCUCUCUGGGAGGUGGAUGGUGCAGGCGAGGCUGACUUGAUGCCGCUGCCAUGCUGGGGGGAGGAAGGGGGAGAGGGGGAGGGGUCUGCCUGUCUUGGAGGCGCCUCGUACUCGAAGUACACCAAGAACUCAGGCAAAACGAAAGCCGGGUUCAACACCCACCUGCACGACAAAGCCUUUUUUCGCACGCAUCAGUCGUAAAGGCGAAUCCCUCUUACCAGAGCUUCUGCUGGGGAUCGUCCUUCUUGACUCGAAAGACGGCCAUGGGCGCCCCCUUUUCUCUGGCGACUCUUUCAGGCGUCUUGGCCCGCUUGGAAACAGUUGGCGGAGUGCUCGACGCUGAUGGAGCACCAGUGAGAAAUGAGAGGGCGUCAUCAUGUGAUGAGGGAGAGGAUGCGUCGUCAUCUGAGUCGUCGGAUGCCGAGCUGGGUGGGCCGGGGUGGGGGGCGGCGUCCGACGGGCCUCGCUUCCACAGAGAGGACGGAGAGUCGUCUUCAUAGUACUUGACUGUAUCGGCUUUCUGACAUACAUGUUCUCGAUCAGGGAUGGAUGUAUUCUCUCUCUCUCUCUCUCUGCUUACCUGUGACGGCAUGCAUGUCGCACAGACGAGAAGCAUCCCUCCAGGCGGGCAGUACACAUCUCGCAACUCCGACGGCACGAUGCGAUUUGACACGGAUACCGUGUCUCUGCUCGUGGCUGUGGCCGAGGGAUUCGUCUGGUAUGUACGACGGUCCGCAGCCCUGCAAAAGCAUCAGUACAAGUCCGAUAUUGCCCUCACCGACUAUGCAUUUGUGUACACACCGCUGUGCCACUCGUAGAGAUGCAGCGCCUACAGACGACGCCAGGUAAGAUCUGAGUGAGGGAAUCUCCGAAGAGGCGACAGAGUUGGUCAGCGGAACGAAGGGCACUGAGACUGAGGGAGACACAGCUGGGUCCUCAUCAGCUCCCUCCGUCUUGUCCGAGCCGUCUGGUGGGGCCCCGAAUCCCUCCUCAAGUAUCCUGUAGACCUCCUUUGGGUUGUCGGUUUGCUUGAGAUAGAAGAGAUAAGGGUCUUGCGGACCGCUGCAGCUUGUUGCGUCGGGCGGCCGGAGUGGCGGGCAGCCGUUGUUGGUCAGAUUCGAACAGUACUCCCUGUCGGACAGCACAGGCACACAGGCAAACAGACACUCACCAUCAAUGCGCCAACAAUUUGUUUCUCUUACCAGAUUUCGUCAAACUUUAAUCUCAAGAAUCGGUUGUGGACCCUCGUAACACCCGUGACCCUGUCCAUUGGUCACAAUUCGUAUACAGCGUGUCUUACGAUGAGACAGUGUAAUGGCAUUUCCUUGCUGACUUGAUCUUAUUGACAGCGAAUAGCGUGAAGUCCCUGGAUACGAACCUUGACUCGACCAUCUGUACAAUCCACUGAUACCUGAAAUGUGACAAACAAAGUACACACCUGCAGCUGCGACACAACGCGGCACACACGAAUGCUCACCACGCCUCAUCGGUCGUGCCAGGCUCGAACCUCACAUUCCCUCCCGUCUGCAGCUCAACGAGCAGCUGGUGGAUCGACGCUGACUGGAUUCUACGGAGCUCUUCCUCAUAGCUCGACCAAAGCUGGACAUGCAAAUCCACAACACCAUGUCUCCAUUACCUAUGCUUUGAACAUUUCACGUCUUACUCACAGUGCCAAGGUCAUUGAGGAGUCCCUCGAGCAUGUCGCGUCUUUCCUCGACCUCCUUCCGCCAGGCCGACAGCGAGGCGGCGGCAUUGCCAAAGGUGUCGAGCGAGGGCUUGGGCAGGUCGAGGGCGAAGUCCAGUGCCAGUCGUGACUUGAGCACCUCCUCGUACUCCUCACGGACACCCCUGCGCACCUCAUCCAGCCACCACCGACCAAAGCGGCGACCAUCUGUGGCCUGAUGGAUGGACAGCAGGAAAAUGUACGAUGGAUGGGACACGAAAGGCGUGCAGAUCGACCCACCCACCUGUCUCUUGAUGGUUUUUAUCUUCAUGUUGUAGUAGAGCCGCUUCUUCAAGUAGGUGGUUUCCGCUGACUUGAGGGCAUCGGGACCAAGACGCACACGAUCGAGGAUCUACAAAUCGUCACAGAUGGGCCGUUUCUCUCGCAGAGAAGGCCACGUAUUGACUUUGCAUACCUGCAGGCUCGGGAGAUGGAAGAGCGUGUAGGUCUGAUAGUUGCACAGAUAGCACAGCGGGUUGUCGCCCCAGUCAGGGUCCGAGACAUGGAGUGCACUCAGUGCCGGCAGCCGGGUAAGUGCCCGGAUGUCCCUGAAGCUCGACAGCCGAUUGGCGCUCAAGUUGAGGUGCUGCAGCUUGACACAACUGAGCCAAUGGGUACCUUGCGCCACCGGCGGCUGACCAGCGGACGGGGUGGGGGGCGUCAGGCUGGUCAGCCGCAUGUUGGCCGCAUUGAGAUACACGAGAUUGGGAGCGAAAGUCAGGGAGUCGAGGGUUGUGAGCCGAUUGCCCGAUAUCCAUAUCUCCUCGAGAUAGGGGAGGGCAGGUUGCGAGGAGCCCCCGAAGAAAAGGGACGAGAGGCGGUUGAAGGAGAUGUUCAGCAGGACCAGAUUGGGGACCCGCUGCACUCACAACCGACAAGCAAACACAAGCAACAAUGAAGCAAACCUAUGAACACCGGAGAAAGCAAUCGGUCAGUCACUCACCUGCAGACCCUCGAGCGACCGAAUCUCGUUCUCGCACAGCCACAGCUUUUCCAGCUGUGUGCAUUCCUCCAGCCCCUCCAAGGACACCAAACCCUGCUGAAUCAGCGUGAGCUCCUUCAGUCCCCGAAACCGCGAGAGCAGUUCAGGCCGCACCCUGCUGUCAAGCACCAGCUCCAGCCUUUCCACCUGCUCCGGCCUCUCAGCAAGCACAUCAGGCGUCAGCUGGUUGGCCGCAGCGAUGAGCUGGAGAGCCUCGGCCUCCUCCAAUAUGACUGUCCUCUCCUCUUCAGGCACCUCUUCGGAGACGGGGCUCCCGCCGCCUCCCGAACUGGGCGGCCGAGGGCUCUUGGAGGGGAUGGGAGAGGUCGCAGGCAGUGGCGACGCCGGCACGCUCGAAGGCGUGCGCGACGACUGUGCUGUCUGUUGAGAGGAGGGCGGGUCGGAGGGCUGCAGUGUGCCACGAAGCCGCUGUGCAAGCGCCAU